CUGUAAAUUGAAAAUUCUAAUGGAGAAGCCAGGAACCCCAAAACCCCUCCCUCAGAGCCAAAGCCAGAAGAGAAAGCUGCCGAGCCCGCAGGAGCUGAUAUCGCACUACGAAUCCCAAGGGCUCGACUCCCGAGAGGCGAGCGUGAAGGUGAUUGAGGAUCUCCAGUCGGCGCUCUUCAGAGUCAUCUCUUCCGGCCGAGCCAAGAAGGAUAAGCUCCUCCUCGACGCCUCUCGCAAGCUCGACUCCACCAACUCCCGCCUUGCCGUCGUCGACGCCAAGCUCGACUCCAAGCCUGGCUAUGUCCAGACGUUUGCUAUCGGACUCGCCUCCGGCUUCGCUCUCAAGGGAUUCGACUCUGUUCUCCCGCACUUUGUUGGUGCUGUUUCUCAGAUUUGGAGCUCUGUCAGGACUGUUACUAAGGAUUCCGAUUCUCAUUCUUAGAUUUCUCGAUUUUUGAGGAAAUUGCUUUUCGUUUCUUGUCUUUUUGGGUUGAUUCUGUUAGUGAUGGGUUUGUUUUGAAGCCCCUUUCUUCUUUCCAGUUUGUUUGGGGAAAUAUAAAUGGGAAGAAUUAUUUUUAGUUGA